UUAGUUCAGUUUAAAAUUCUCAUUUUACGCAUAAAGCUUGUCGCUGUUUCACUACAGUUAUAAUUUUAUUCUCGAAUAUUGCUAAGUGUUCGGCAUUAUUAAAUAUCAAAUUAUAAAGUAACGAUGUCGGUUGAUUUAUCUGUGAUCGGUUCGCACAAAGUUAAGAGUAUUCCGAGCGGAGAGUCCGUGGAACUGAAGAGUUUCUGGCAGGAGCAGAAUGUGGCGAUUAUAUUCUUUCGCCGCUGGGGUUGCAUGUUUUGCAGAUUGUGGGCUAAGGAGUUAGGCGAAAUAACUCCCAUUUUAAAGAAGAACAACAUAAGACUGGUUGGCAUCGGUCUCGAAGGUACCGGUUCGAAGGAAUUCGUCGAUGGGAAAUAUUUCGAUGGCGAUCUGUACUACGUGGAGGACCGGUCGCUGUACCAGACCCUGGGGUUCAAACGGUUUAACGUGGUGUCAAUAAUCACAUCACUUUUUUGGAAACAGUCCAGAGAAGCCAUUGUGAAGGGCAAGAGUCUAGGACUGGGCGGGGAUUUGAAAGGAGAUUGGGUGCAAACUGGAGGGGCGCUUUUAGUGGGGAAGGGUGGGCGUGUCAUCCGCCAUUUCACCCAAACGGGGCCGAGCGAUCAUCUACCCAACAAGGAUAUACUGGAGUUGUUCGACUUGGAAAACGAAUACAAAGCGGAAACUAUGGCGAACAAAAAGCGAGAGGAGCUGGAGUGCAAUACAGAGGCGUCCCCCUAAGCCGUGGCUGACGAACCUGCACCAGUGCCCUCUGACCCCUAUCCACUAUAUAUGGGCCCAGAGGCUGUGCAAGCAAACCAGGGUGUAGACGAUAGUCCAUAUAAAAAAGGGUUUAACUGACACAUUUGCACACAAACGCUAUGCUUUUCACAUUAACGGUUAAUUUAUUUGACGGCCGAUUGGCGCAGUGCGCAGCGACCUUGCUUUCUGAGUCCAAGG